UAUUGUAUGACUUUGUCUCACAGCAACAUGUGGACUGUCUCUCAGGCUCAGAUGAAAACGGCAUCUGUGGAAGGAUUCAGUCCUCGAGGGUGAAACGUUGAACUUGCAGGUGUGAUGGAUGUGAAGCAGGAGUCAGAGUCUCUCUGAGUGUCAGCGUCACACCAGCAGGAUGAUUUACUUGUCUCACACGGCUCACUGCCAGUUCCUGGGCCUGAUUUUUGGGGUCCUGGCCUGGAUCUUCAUCCUGACCACCACCGGCCUCAAUGAUUGGCGUAUGUGGACCGUGGACGACAGGUCUGUCAUCACCUCGGGCGUGGCGUGGGUGGGAAUCUGGAAGGCGUGUUUCUUCACUCAUACUCUUCCAGAAUUUGAGACCUGUCAGAGCAUCAGCAUCUCAGACUCCUUCAUCCCCGCAGAGAUCCUUGCGGCUCAGGUUCUGAUGGUCCUGGCGGUGAUCAGCGGCUUCGCGGGGAACAUCUGUGCCGCUCUGGCUAUGAGGAAGGCUUAUUUCUCUUUGGAGGACCGGAGGAACAUGAAGCAGCUCUUCUUGCUGGCGGGGACCCUGUAUUUGCUGACAGGGGGUCUGUGUUUGGUACCGCUGGUUUUGAACAUGAUCUCUGUGUUCAACAACAGCACCAUAGACUUCCCCCCUGAGUUAUACCUCCCUGCAGCUCCUGUGGAGCAGCGGGUUGGCACGGCCAUAGGAGUGGGCAUCUUGGGGUCCAUAAUGAUGCUUCUAAGUGGGCUGCUUUUUCUCUGCUACCGCUACGCCUGGCAGACCCUGAGCUCAGAGGCCCCCACAAACAACAGGGGCACUCAUGGAACCCGGACAGAAACGACCCACAGGUCUGAGGGGCAAAAAGGAGACAAACAGGGCCGAGAUAAUCCUGCAUUUCACAGGGAGGAGAUGUCAUGAUGAAAUCUAAACAUUAGUAACUGAAAGAAAGAGUUUACACUUUAACAAUCACCGCUUCUAUUCAUGGAAAAGUGACUUGGACAGCAUGGAAGACUUUGGGCCUGCAGUGUUAAUAAAGCUGAGAGGGUGGGACAUGAAGCAUGUUGUUGAAACUGUAAAUAA